GAAUUGAGCUCUGUUGAUUCUUAGAACUGGGGUUCUUAGAAGUGGUGAUGCAAGAAGUUUCUAGGAAAGGCCGGACACCAGUUUUAAAGCAAAAGUUUGGACUGUGAAGCAAGGCAUUGGGCAAACACAACAUGGCCUCACCGGCUGACAGCUGUAUCCAGUUCACCCGUCACGCUAGUGAUGUUCUUCUCAACCUUAAUCGCCUCCGGAGUCGGGACAUCUUGACCGACGUUGUCAUCGUGGUGAGCCGUGAGCAGUUUAGAGCCCAUAAGACGGUGCUCAUGGCCUGCAGCGGCCUGUUCUACAGCAUCUUCACUGACCAGUUGAAAUGCAACCUUAGUGUAAUCAACCUGGAUCCUGAGAUCAGCCCUGAGGGGUUUUGUAUCCUCUUGGACUUCAUGUACACAUCUAGGCUCAACCUGAGGGAAGGCAAUAUCAUGGCGGUGAUGACCACAGCCAUGUACCUGCAGAUGGAGCAUGUUGUCGACACGUGCAGGAAGUUCAUCAAGGCCAGUGAAGCAGAAAUGGCCCCUGCGCUUAAGCCUCCCCGAGAAGAGUUCCUGAACAGCCGGAUGCUGAUGCCCCAUGACAUCAUGGCCUACCGAGGUCGUGAGGUUGUGGAGAACAAUAUGCCACUGAGAAAUACUCCCGGGUGUGAGAGUAGAGCUUUUGCCCCUCCUCUGUACAGUGGCCUGUCAACAACACCAGCCUCUUAUCCUAUGUACAGCCAUCUCCCGCUCAGCACCUUCCUCUUCUCUGACGAGGAGCUCCGAGAUGCCCCCAGAAUGCCUGUGGGCAACCCUUUUCCCAAGGAGCGUGCCCUCCCCUGCGACAGUGCCAGACCAGUCCCUAACGAGUAUAGCAGACCAGCCUUGGAGGUGUCUCCCAGCUUGUGUCACAGCAACAUCUACUCGCCCAAGGAGGCAGUCCCAGAGGAGGCUCGGAGUGACAUACACUACAGAGUGGCUGAGGGCCCCAAGCCUGCUGCCCCUUCUGCUCGGAAUGCCCCAUACUUCCCCUGUGACAAAGCCAGCAAAGAAGAAGAGAGACCAUCUUCAGAGGAUGAAAUCGCCCUGCAUUUCGAGCCCCCCAAUGCGCCCUUGAACCGGAAGGGUCUGGUUAGUCCCCAGAGUCCCCAGAAAUCCGACUGCCAGCCCAACUCACCCACAGAGUCCUGCAGCAGCAAGAACGCUUGCAUCCUUCAGGCCUCUGGCUCCCCGCCAGCCAAGAGCCCCACUGACCCGAAAGCCUGCAACUGGAAGAAGUAUAAGUUCAUCGUUCUCAACAGCCUCAAUCAGAAUGCCAAACCCGAGGGCUCCGAGCAGGCAGAGCUGGGUCGCCUCUCCCCUCGAGCCUACCCUGCACCGCCUGCCUGCCAGCCGCCUAUGGAGCCUGCGAACCUUGAUCUCCAAUCCCCAACCAAGCUCAGUGCCAGUGGGGAGGACUCUACCAUCCCCCAAGCCAGCCGGCUCAAUAAUAUCGUUAACAGGUCCCUGGCAGGCUCCCCCCGAAGCAGCAGUGAGAGCCACUCACCACUCUACAUGCACCCCCCAAAGUGCACAUCCUGCGGCUCUCAGUCCCCACAGCAUACAGAGAUGUGCCUCCAUACUGCUGGGCCUACGUUCCCGGAGGAGAUGGGGGAAACCCAGUCAGAGUAUUCGGAUUCUAGCUGUGAGAAUGGGGCCUUCUUCUGCAACGAAUGCGACUGCCGUUUCUCUGAGGAGGCCUCGCUCAAGAGGCACACGCUGCAGACGCACAGUGACAAACCAUACAAAUGUGACCGCUGCCAGGCCUCCUUCCGCUACAAAGGCAACCUCGCCAGUCACAAGACCGUCCACACGGGUGAGAAACCCUAUCGCUGUAACAUUUGUGGAGCGCAGUUCAAUCGGCCAGCCAACCUGAAGACCCACACUCGAAUUCACUCUGGAGAAAAGCCCUACAAAUGUGAAACCUGUGGGGCCAGGUUUGUGCAGGUGGCCCACCUCCGUGCCCACGUGCUCAUCCACACUGGAGAGAAGCCGUACCCCUGUGAAAUCUGUGGCACUCGCUUCCGGCACCUUCAGACCCUGAAGAGUCACCUGCGCAUCCACACAGGAGAGAAACCAUAUCAGUGUGAGAAGUGUAACCUGCACUUUCGUCACAAAAGCCAGCUGCGACUUCAUCUGCGCCAGAAGCAUGGCGCCAUCACCAACACCAAGGUGCAAUACCGCGUGUCGGCCGCCGACCUGCCUCCGGAGCUCCCCAAAGCCUGCUGAAGCAUGGAAUGUUCUCCCUUUUCUCUCCAGCCCCUCCUCAGAAUCUACCCAAAGGAUGCUGUAACACUUUACAAAGGUCAUCCCAUGAUGUAGUGCCUCUCUCAUCCACUAG